CCUUGGAGGGAGAGCUGCCCGCGCCGCGGCGCUGCCCGGCCCCGCUCGCCAUUCAUUCAUUCAUUCAUUCUUUCAUUCAUCCUGCCUCCGUCUCUCCCCACGCCCCGGCCCGGGUCCCCUUUUCUCGCCCCUUCCCCUCUUAAGGUGGCCCCGUGGGAGGCGGCAGCGGGCGGCCGCGGCGCUCCCCCACCCCCGGCGCGGGGGGGCCUUAAAUCGGCUCCGCGCCGCGCGUAACCCGCACCGCUGGCGGCGUCCGAAGGCGGGCGCUGCCACCCGCGGGUCCCAGCCCGGUCCCGGCGCUGGCACGGAGGACACGCCGCCUCCGCCCGGCGAUGCUCCUCCGGCAGCUCCCGGCAGCUCCGCCGUGACCGGCGCAUCCCGCCAGGGUAGAGAGAUGCCUGGGCAUUGGAAGCUCUCUGCAGCAUGCUGAGGAGACGUAACCUUCUUACCACGCUCCUGAUCGCCUUGCCAUGGGCUCUCCUCCUAACCUUGUGGCACCAGUACCCAACCACCCGCUACCUCAGCCUUAUAAGAAAAGAGACAGAUGAGAAUGUGACCUCUAAAGCUCUCCUCAAUGGUACAUCUGCACUGAGAGAAGAAGGCCUCCCAUCAUGCAUUCGGCAGCAGCAAAGCAUAGGGGCAACGCCUAAGGUCAUCCAGAAUUAUGUGUACUCCAGGCCUCCCCCGUGGUCAGACACCCUGCCAACCAUCUUCGUUAUCACCCCUACCUACACCCGGCCCGUGCAAAAAGCUGAGCUAACCCGUCUGGCCAACACCUUCCUACAUGUACAGAACCUACACUGGGUGGUGGUGGAGGACUCACCACGGAGGACCAACCUGGUAUCCAACCUGCUGGAGAAGGCAGGGCUCAACUUCACUCACCUCAAUGUGGAGACACCCAAGAGUCUGAAGGUGGGGCUGUCCUGGAUCCCAUCGCACACCCCAAGGGGGACACUACAGAGGAACCUGGGGCUACACUGGCUGAGGAACAGCUUCAGCAACACCCCGCCACCGGAAGGGGUAGUGUAUUUUGCUGAUGAUGACAACACCUACAGCCUGGAGCUCUUCGAAGAGAUGCGCUACACAAGGAGGGUGUCAGUCUGGCCAGUGGCUUUCGUUGGGGGACUGCGGUAUGAAUCCCCCAAAGUGAGCCCAGCAGGGAAGGUGGUAGGCUGGAAAACCGUCUUUGACCCUAACCGGCCCUUUGCUAUUGACAUGGCUGGAUUUGCUAUCAGUAUCAAGCUGAUCUUGGAGAAGCCUCAUGCCAGUUUCAAGCUGGAAGGAGUUAAAGGAGGCUACCAGGAAACCAGUCUGCUGAAGGAUCUAGUGACUAUGGAUGGGCUGGAGCCCAAAGCAGCCAACUGCACAAAGGUGUUGGUCUGGCACACAAGAACUGAGAGACCCACUCUGGUUAAUGAAGGCAAGCGUGGAUUUACAGACCCCAGAGUAGAGGUGUAAGCAGAGAGCCAGCUCCAGGGUAGGCAGCGGGCAGUGAUCGUUCCUGAAAUUUGUCAGCAACCACAGCAGCUGCGCGCACUGCCUGUUCUGCCCAGCCCUCUGCUCCACCACUGGAGGAUGAUAAACACCCCCAAAUGUAGCCACGCCAAUCAGCUUCCACUGCCCAAAAGUGGGGACAGAGCUGAUGUGGUGCCUCGUGAUCCUACAGCUCUUCACCUUUGACUUCAUGCCCUGGCUCCCAUUCCCCACCUGGAAGAGGGGUUCUUCCCUUCCCCUGUGGGUUCUGUGUUUUCAACCAUUUGUUAAAAUUUAUUAGAUUCAAUAUCCAUUCUUGGCUGUACCACAGCUGAAAUCUAGGAUGAGUGCGAGUGCCUCUGAAGACCCCUCCUGGCAUAUCAUCAAACCUGAGCUUCAGUACAGCAGCUACAGCAGUGGUUCAAGGACAGCAGCUGUCACAAAAGCACAAACAUGAACCUGUCAGCUGGAGACUCUCAAUACAGCUUAAAAACAAAGCUAGCUUGAGAGAGGCUCUCCCUCUGAAGGAUGCACUCAGACACCUACGUAAAUCAGCCUUCGAUGCUGGGGAGGGAGCUGUUCUGAAGCCUCAUUUGGGGUUUGGGAGUUCAGAAGGGAUCUGAUGCCUAAGCCUCAGCUGAGAACUUGAACUGCCUUCACUUCAGGUUGUUUUGGAAACGCUAUCCCAGAACCCCAGACCCAGAGCCCUCUGGAUAAAGUUCCUCUCCCGCUCAGGGAGAUCCGGCAGGUACUGUACCUCAAAGGUGAUGCCUCCAUGUUUCACUGCAGAGAUUAGAAAUAUGUGUGGGCAAAUAUGGGUGAACUUGAGAGUGUUGUUCCUAGCGUGGAACCCUGCUGCAGCACCAUAAGGCACUUCAGCAGCCUCAAAUCACACACACAGACUUGUUUUCUAGACCUUCGGAGAGGAAAACACCUCUCUGAGAUGGAGGUGGGUGAAAAGUGCUCAGAGAAGAGGAAUCCUCAGCCUGCGCUCAUCUCCGGUGAGAAUGUCGAGGAGUGUGGAGAGACAUCAUCAGGAAACAUAUCUUGAGCACAUAGAUGACAACUGAAAUAGCAAAUAUGACAAGGUUUUCCACUUGAACUUCGAAAGACAUGUGUGGUGCUGUGAAGAGAGAGGAGGCUGUCAUAUGGAAAGGUUUCCCUUUCCCUCAAUAAAACAGGAAGACCGCCAGGUGGAAGGCUCACAAAGGAGGAGGUGGCAAAUGAGGACCAAAGGAAGGAUGCACUGGAUUAAAAGCACAAGUGUUGGUACCAUGUGUGUGGGGGGGGGGAGUGGUGUCACUGUGACUUUUCUAGGAAGAUUCCUUGAAUGACCCAGAUACCCCUCUGAGCGCAUCUUGAAGACCAUCUUCACUUAGGCCAUAAGAAACAAGGCUUUGGGCAUUCGAAACACAUAGAGGAUUUCACAGCUGGGGGAAAGUUAUGAGCAAUCUCCCACCUAAGAAAUCCUGGACUGGCAGGAGACUUAUUUAUUUGUUGAUUUAUUUAUACUAGAAUUAUUCUCUGCCUAUUCCUUGUUUAGCUUUGGUUUUUAUCUUCAGUCACCUGACAUGUUCAUGAAGAAAGAAUAUUUCCCCCUAGACUCUCACAGAAGAACAGUAGAGCUUGGCGUUCACCGAUGAAUGUCAUAUGUUCUGCACUCCCUGGGGUUUCUUUCCAAUGAUAUCUUAAACUGGCAAAAUAAUCAGAAACACAGCAAGGAGGGGAGUACAGCAAAGGGAAUUACAGUUCCUUUAUGCUAGAGACGUGGGUGGCACUAACUUUCUGGCUCCUGAGCAAUCAUAGCGAGGUAAAAACAUGUGAAAAGGAGUGCCACACUCAGCAGAUAGUCUCCACAGGGUCUUGGGAAGCCUCUGUGAAAGGGGGUCUUUAAAGGGUAUCUGAGAGAGGGAUUUAGUCCAACGAGCAGCCACGCAACCUGCUAUAAGAAAGGGGCUAAACUACAGGAGGAGGCAAAGGGGAUGAGAUGCCUCCUACCAGAGAGGGAGGCAGGAAAAAGCAAAGAAUAGGCAGCAAAUAGAAAAAUGGAUUUUGCCUUUAGUGAGGCUUAGGACAGGGUCUUUCUGGAGGAACACACCCAUCAAUACAAGGCCAGCCCUGCCACCCAUCUCAGCAUGAAGUAAUACUGAAUGGUCCAUAAAAACAGUUUCUUUUGGGGGUCCUAGAAGGGUCCAUACAGAGCAUGGGUCUGGCAUACUGGCAGUGGAUGGCAUGAAGGAAGGCCAGCAUCAACAAAACACUUUUCAUUCUCUGUUUGUCAGAGCUUUGUGUCCUGUCCUCUGCAGGAGGUAACAGGCCUUGCACUCCAGUGGACUUUGCCAAUGCAUCCCUGCCACCAGGCAGGUGAGCUUUGUGCUUCUACCCAGCAUUAAACCAAGAUUAAGUCCCCUUUGUGGUUUCAAUGAAUAAGCAAGAGUGAGUGAACAAAGGAUUUAUGAUCCUCUGUUUUCCCUUCCGAGAUGGGCAGGGUUUCUGCCCGUAUGAACAGGAAGGGACGUGGUGAUUAACUUCCUGGCUGUCAGUCUCACACAGGUCUGACAUAGGGUUUGGGUACUGAUGGUGUGUGACUAGCAAAGGUCUGUUCCUAUUGCAAAGGAUACCCACAUACACGUUUUUACAGAGUUGUUCUCUCUGCAUUCCUAGAAUAAAGCAAAUUAUUCCCGUUUUUCUCACUAGGGACCCGGAUUUCAGGGAUAUGUGCUGAAUUGUCAGUUAAGUGCAGGUCAGAGCCUCCUCUCAUGGCCAGCCCUGCUGCACCACCUCCAUUCUUGCCCCAGCCUGGCCCUGUGGAGGAAGAGUUUCUGUGAAUGAAGAAAUUCUGUCAGUCACUAAAUUGUGCAGGAUUGAGAUCUUUUGUUGACAGUGUGGAUGUACACAGCUGAUGUUCCAGGCUAGCAGACAUUUGGACCUGCUCAGCACAAAUACUCCUUUCCCUGUAGAGCAGCCUAAGGACAGCAAGGACUGCUGCUGGCCAAGGUCUAUCAGCGAAGAGUAAGUGAAUAACAGACACCACAAGUUAAGGUAGCAGAGCUGGGUGGGAGAGCCCAGGAGUGGAACAACAGUCAGAGUUAUAGGCAUUAGGGAAAUCGAAUGCAGUGAAUUAAUAAGGAGGGAAGCUGCAGAUCAAGCCUGAAGUGUUUAAAGAAGAGAAGGCAUCCCAGCGCCUGGUUUUUACUAGCAUAUUAGUAUCUGAUAUUCAUGCUCUCUUGAGAUUCAUCCAAUUAACCAACCAAUGAAUAUUACUAACAUUUCUUGUUGCAGAAAAUACUACUGAUGAAGAAAAGAGAAUGUCAAGAAAGUAAUUUUUAAUGGUUAUUUAUUUAUAUUGAAUGGUACUAGAGCGUUAUUAAAUAUGAAGUGAAUAGUACAAUAUUGCACCAUUGUCUUGCCUUGCAGUGUGUUUACUUCUUUUCCAAGAAAGCACAGUGGAUUCUGUAUCAGUUUUAAUUGAUCUCAUUUCAAGGGUACUCCCUUCAGUCUUUAUCUGACCUCUAUGCCACAAG